GCAACUCAUUAAUCAUUUUCUCAGCUGAUUUCUAGAACCAAAUAAGUUUUGAUUUCGGAGGGAGUAAAUCUGAGAAAAAUGUCGUUUAUUCGCCCAAAUAUGAGAAAGGUGAUGCCAGCCUGUUUUCGUUAUUAUUCUGCUGAAGCACCGAAAUCUAAUACACCAAACCCCAAAGCAGCUGCUGCAGCAACAGCGAAGCCUCCAACGAAAGAACCAGUUGUAGGUCCUGGAGCAUCAAAACAAGGACCAUAUAAAAACCCUGAAUACUACACAUACAACAUUAUGUCUCACUAUGACAUUGAAAAAGCAAUGAAGCCCUUUAGAAUUCCCCAGCCAUCAAGCCUGAAGAAGUAAAGAUGUAAAGUACAACAAGUUUAUUGUUUAGAAGUGUAUUAAGGAUGUGGUUCUCUUAGAUAAAAUCAUAUCAAAUUCAA